AUGACUACUAGCUUUGAACUUGCUACACCCAAUGUCAUGCUCACAGUGAUUGGUGUUCUGGGCUUCACGAUCUCCUAUAGAGCAGCGAGCGCCCUAAUUCCGCUUAUGGUAAGAUACGAACUUUACUGGCUUGGAAGAACUGCAUGGAGCGAUUUAAUGAAGACCCCGCACGCCAUUAUUCGUCUAAUAUGGUACCAGGUUCCUCCGUGUAGAACACCCUGUACCUCCGGAAAACGGGCCAUUGCGGAAUGGAAAAGACCUGGACAGAAGUUAUCGGAAGUCAUUGCCGAAAAGAAAAUGGCAUUGGACCUUGGCGAGGGUUUCAGUGUGGCCUUGAAGCAUCAUUCUCGAGUAUAUUACGAGGACCUCUACGACCUUGUUUGUCUACAACCUCAAAGUCUUAGCCCCAACUAUCCUGAUCUACUAGCGUCGAAAACCCCACCGCGUCAUCUUUCACCACUCGAAGUGGCGGAAAGGGUGACAAGUUACAACCUUCCUUUGGAGAUUCUGAGGUGUUUAAGCGAAUGGUGUAACCUAUUGGAGGACAGAGGAACUGUGCCAGGAACGAGUUUGGGCUCUAUCAUGGGCUGUAUAUCCACAUUUGAAGACAAAUCAACAGAUUUUAUUUUGAUUUCUGAUUUUUCGCCCGUCAGUAAUGGAAAAAUAUCGAUUGUACCUCUUCCAUUGAUUUGUGUACAGCGUUCACAUUGGCUGUUCUUGUUCUUCCUCCCCUUACAACUGGUUGCAAUGUUCGGCUGGCAUUCAAUUACGGAAGUCCUCAUAGCCUCUUCUAUAUACUUGGGCUUCCUAGCAGCAGGCGAAGAAAUUGAGCAACCUUUCGGUUACGACGAGGUUUAUUUCCCAGCGAAAUGCACCGUUGUUUGUGACUAA